GGGCGCACCCGGCCCCCCGCCCUGCCCUGCCGGGACAAAGGCCGAGUGUUAGCUCCGGGCCGGGUACACAAUGGCCCGAACUCUUCCCGACGGCUGGGGGCUCGCGCCGGCUUGCCUCCCCCCGGCUCGGCGUCGGUUGGGUUUCUCGGCAGGAGAGGUCUGGCCUACCUUCCAGUCUCGGAGGUGACAGCAGGAGGUCCCCGUUGGACAUCUGCCAGCCUUGGGUGCUUUUUUCUCGGCGCACAUAUGGUUUACUUCAGUGUUCAUGUGGUACUUACUGUACGUUGGGCACCAAUCCACAGGCGGAUGAUUUACCUGCCCUUCCGAACAGCCUGGGCCCAAAGGACCGAGCCACCUGGCGGAGUCACGCAGCACAGCACGCUGGAAGUCCGCCGCUGCUGUCUGCCCUGCGCCCGCGGUGGUGCCGGGCAGCUGCUCUGCCCUUCGCCAUCCUGACCCUGGUGAACACCCCAUACAAGCGAGGCUUUUACUGUGGGGAUGACUCCAUCCGCUACCCCUACCGCCCAGACACCAUCACCCACGGGCUCAUGGCCGGCGUCACCAUUACGGCCACCGUCAUCCUUGUCUCGGCCGGGGAAGCCUACCUCGUCUACACAGACCGCCUCUACUCUCACUCGGACUUCAACAACUACGUAGCCGCCGUCUACAAGGUGCUGGGGACCUUCCUGUUCGGGGCGGCCGUGAGCCAGUCGCUGACCGACCUGGCCAAGUACAUGAUCGGCCGCCUGCGCCCCAGCUUUCUGGCUGUCUGUGACCCCGACUGGAGCCGGGUCAACUGCUCAGUCUAUGUGCAGCUGGACGUGUGCAGGGGCAGCCUUGCCAAUGUCACUGAGGCCAGGCUGUCCUUCUACUCCGGACACUCCUCCUUCGGGAUGUACUGCAUGAUGUUCUUGGCGCUCUACGUGCAGGCCCGGCUCUGCUGGAAGUGGGCACGGCUGCUGCGGCCCACGGUCCAGUUCUUCUUGGUGUCCUUUGCCUUCUACGUGGGCUACACCCGCGUGUCUGACUACAAACACCACUGGAGUGAUGUCUUCGUCGGCCUCCUGCAGGGGGCGCUAGUAGCCAGCCUCACUGUCCGGUACGUCUCAGACUUCUUCAAAGCGCGGCCCCCGCGGCCCUGCCAGGAGGAGGAGGGGGAGGGCGAGGUGGCCCGCAAACCCAGCCUGUCGCUGACACUGACCCUCGCCGAGGCUGAGCACAACCACUAUGGGUACCCGGUGUCGUCCUCCUGAGCUGGGGCCUCAGGCCGUUGUGCAUUGUCCCUCUGCCCUUGAGGUGGGCAGUGCGGGCUGUGGAUGGGCCCUGGGCCCUGCGACAGACAGUAUUGGCCAGCGGAGGCCCCUGCCCCACUCACUGUGGGCUGGUCCAUGCCUGGCCAGCCCUCCUGCUGCUGUGGGGUUGAGGGGCCCUGGGAACGGAGCGAGCGCUUCUGCAGGGCAUGAUGUGCCUGUAGGUUCCUGGUUAGUCCCAGAGUACCAGGGUCGGCCCGGGAGCCGCACACAAGGCCCUGCGGGUGAUGGCCCGGGCUUGUGGAGUAUGCAGGUGAGCAUGGUCACCUUCAGGGCAGUGCAGCUUCACCGAGGGCUGUGGUGACCCCUGAGGCCCUGACCCUCCCACUGCUGCGGACUCGAGCACUUAGCAUUGCCUCCGAAGCAGGAGCCGGCCAGGGGCUGGUGCCCGGCCACUGAGCCAGAACCUUCAAGGCUUACGUUGUCAAUGGGUGGGUGAGCCAUAAACUUAAUUUUUUACCAAGUA